AUGUCAGCGUUUCCAACACCUCACUCGUCUUCCCAAGGUCCGAGCAUCACAAGGGCCAAGACGGAAGAUGUGCCGGCGAUCAAGGAGCUGAUCACGGCCGCUUAUACCAAAUACGUUGAACGCAUGAACCAGUUACCGGGACCGAUGCUGGCGGACUACGUCAAGCUCAUCGAGGAAGGCAAGCAAGACGUGUUCGUGCUCACGCGAGAAGAGACGGUCGUGGCGGCCGAGGGCGAAGGCGCCGACACCAAGUCGAGCCGGAUUGUGGGCUCGGUCGUGCUGUCGAAUCUCCCGGACGAAGACGCGAUUGAAGUGAACAAGCUGGUCGUGGACCCCAAGGUGCAGCGCUCCGGGUACGGCAGGAUCCUGAUGGACUACUCGGAGGAAGUGGCCAAGGCGCGCGGGUUCAAGGCCGUGGUCCUGUUCACCAACGUCAAGAUGUACGAGAACAUUGCCUACUACUCCAAGCUCGGAUCUAGACGGACACUCGGCGACAUGAUAGAGGAACAGGACCGCCAGACUGGCCCCGCGCCGCCGCGGCUCAAUGGCGGGGGUUCCAUCCCCGACGCCGCCGCCGCCGCCGCCAGCCGCUCCCUCGAGCACGUCUGCCUCGAGCUGCGUGACAAGGUCGACGCCUUCCUCAACCAAAAGGCCAGCACGCCGCUGCUGUCGCAGGUGCAGGACCAGCUGCGCAUAUCAAUAGGCGUUGUGGAGGACGCUCUCAACCGUUACGAGUGCGUCAAUGGCCGCGUUCGCAUUCCCUCCCCACGAACCGCUGUGCUGACCCCCAUGCAGGCCGGAACAGCUCGCGAUAAGCUACAACGGCGGCAAAGACUGGCCGUCUACGUCGUCGCCGACCACUCCUUCCCCCAGGUCGACGAGUUCACCGAGUCCACCGCGCGACAGUACCGCCUCGACCUGUGUCGCUUCGCCCUGCCCAUGCGCCAGGCCCUCGACGCCUACCUCGCCGAGCGGCCCUCCGUGCGCGCCAUCUUUGUCGGCACCCGCCGGACCGACCCCCACGGCGCGAACCUCAAGCACUUCGACCCCACCUCGGCCGGCUGGCCCGACUUUAUGCGCGUGCACCCCGUGAUCGACUGGCACUACGCCGAGAUAUGGGCUGGCUACACCUCCCUCGGGGGAACGACCGACACACAUCCCAACCCCCAGCUCGCCAAGGCCGGCGCCGGCGGAAAGUUCCGGCCCGCUUACGAGCUGGUUGCCGACGAUGAAGAGAGGCUGGGCAGAGAUGCCUAG